UGAAAAAUGCCCGCCAUCAGGAAUUUGAGUUGUGCUGUUAAAUAUCUGUUGAACAAACCUGGCUGUGGUUGUCAGGUUGCUCUUGUGCCAGCUAGAUGUCUUAGCAUUUCACCCCGGCAAGUGCCAUCAGAUGCCAGCUUUCAUUCAGUAUGUUUUUCAGAAACUGAUCAUCCACGGGUGUUAAUUACAGGGGGACUAGGCCAGCUUGGAGUAGGACUUGCUAAACUGUUAAGAAAACGCUUUGGAAAGAACAACGUGAUUUUGUCAGAUAUUAGAAAGCCCCCUGAUAGUGUCUUCUAUAGUGGUCCUUUUAUCUACUCUGAUAUUUUGGAUUACAAGAAUCUUCGUGAGAUAGUGGUAAACAACAGGAUUACUUGGCUAUUUCAUUACAGUGCUUUGCUCAGUGCAGUUGGAGAAGCUAAUGUCCCUUUGGCAAGAUCUGUGAAUAUUACUGGACUGCACAACAUUCUUGAUAUAGCUGCCGAGCAUGGUUUGCGUCUCUUUGUUCCUAGCACAAUUGGUGCCUUUGGACCAACUUCCCCUAGGAAUCCAACCCCUGAUCUCUGCAUCCAAAGGCCAAGGACAAUCUAUGGAGUUUCCAAGGUUCAUGCUGAACUUAUGGGAGAGUACUAUCAUUAUAGGUAUGGGCUAGAUUUCCGGUGUUUAAGAUAUCCUGGCGUUAUCUCAGCAGAUUCCCAGCCUGGUGGAGGAACAACUGAUUAUGCAGUCCAAAUUUUUCACGAUGCUCUCAAGACUGGAAAGUUCCAAUGUAAUCUUAAACCAGACACCCGCUUGCCAAUGAUGUAUAUCGAUGACUGUCUUAGAGCUUCUUUGGAGAUCAUGGAAGCACCUGCUGAGCAGCUGAGCAUGAGGACUUACAACAUCAAUGCCAUGAGUUUUUCACCUGAGGAGCUGGUUCAAGAGGUCCAGAAGCAUAUUCCAGAACUUGAAGUUGCCUACAAUGUAGAUCCUGUUAGACAAGCCAUUGCUGACAGUUGGCCAAUGGUUUUUGAUGACAACAAUGCUCGCCAAGAUUGGCAAUGGAAACAUGAUUAUGAUCUUCCAGACCUGGUGACCACUAUGUUCAACUUCCUUAGCUCUGCCCGUUCCGUUUCCAGAGUUGCUCAAGUCAGCUAAGUCUUUAUAUGAUGCAGCCAUCAGAUGUCUCAGAGCGCUUCAUCUACUAAGAAUUGAAGAGCCUGCUAUUUGAACAUGAUUAUUGACUUCUCCGUUCGCUUUUCUUUUUGUUGAAGAAAUAUACAUGCAUAUACAGUGUAUUUGCUAAAGAUAUGCACACAUACAUACAGUUUAUACACAUACAUGCAUAUAUCGAGAAAAACUUUGUAUGUACUUCUGAAAGGUGUCUAUCUAUAGGGACCCUCAGGAAAUACUUGUUCAUUAGCUGCAAUUACUUUCCUAGUCCUAAAUGUUUAUUUGGAAUAUACUCUUUUGUUGUUUUGUUUUUUUAGCGCUAUGCAUGCUUCAGUAAGGAUUUGGAAGAAGUACUUUGGAACUCACAUGAACAUAUCAUCUUUUGCUAUUUAUUA